CUCUCGCUUAUCCUAUUGCAAGCUCCUCAAACGAAAGCAAGAAUGAUGUUUACAUUAACUCAUCAUAUCUACUGCCAAAAUGACAUUUAAAUGGGAGUGCAUAAUUAAGACGACCAUGAUUGAAUUUUAGUUUGACAUAGCUCUAAAAUGUCUCUAUCUGUUUUAAAUGCUACUGUACAAGAUUAUCAAACCGCAUGCUGUCAAGAAGAAGAAAAGUGGAAGAAAAAACGAGAAUUACAACCCAACAUU